AUGUCUACCCUACAACCCCAAUUUUCAGGCCCCUUCGAUGUGGCAGUCGAUGAUUCCGUCACCCUGACCCAGAUUCUGGCAAGGAUUAAUUCGUCAAACGUCACUUUAUCAGCGACACCGGGCGCAGGAGAAACGCAGAUUGCAGAUUAUUUGGCAGCAUGGUUGGAUCAUCGCGGGAUUGAAAAUCAUCGGAUCGAGACUGUCACGGGGCGUCCAUCAAUUGUGGGUGUAAUCCGUGGAUCAGGUGGAGGAAAGUCACUUAUGCUCAAUGGCCAUAUCGACACUGUGAGCUUGAAUAGCUACGAGCAUGAGCCUCUAUCGGGCCAUAUUCUUGAAAAAGAUGGUCGGCCUGCUAUUUUUGGCAGGGGUUCCUUGGACAUGAAGUCAGGUCUUGCCGCCGAAAUGGCAGCCCUUGCCUCUAUCAAAGCCCGCAAAACCCCCCUGCGUGGAGAUGUCAUUUUUGCCGCCGUGUCGGACGAAGAAGACGCUUCUCAAGGGACCCAAGAUCUCAUCGCCGCUGGAUGGCGCGCAGACGGGGCUGUCAUUCCAGAGCCUACCAAUCGUGUUCUCAUCACUGCUCAUAAGGGAUUUAUCUGGGUCGAAGUCGAUAUUCUGGGGACUGCUGCCCAUGGGUCGGACCCAACAUCCGGGGUAGAUUCAAUUCUUCAGGCCGGAUGGUUUCUCACUGCGCUAGAAAGCUACCAGCGUCGCUUACCAGUAGACGAAAUUAUCGGGUCUGCAUCUUUGCAUUGUGGUAUGAUUCACGGCGGUGAAGAACCAUCCUCAUACCCAGCAAAAUGUACCGUGACGAUUGAAUUCCGAACCAUUCCAGUCCAGACGGACGAGUCUAUUCUCCAUGAUAUGAAGACAAUAUUGGCCAAAAUUGCGGUGGAUAAUCCCACUUUCCAGUUCGCGGAACCUCGGAUCACCUUGUCGCGACCGUCACAGAGCAGAUCGGGACAGCCAGGCAGUCUCUGGAGAGAUGCGACCAAAGAGCAAACGAUAGAGUUACGUGGUCUGGCUGAAAUUUUUAUAGGCUUUCUAGCCUCACUCAAGUUCGGCUUUUGA